AUGGCUGAGACAUCCAAUGUCCCAGAACUCAAUAAGAAUGAGGAGCCAAAGAAAAGUGAUGGGGAGCAUGUACUAGAAAAUAGCACAGAAGAGCCCAAAAAGAAGGUCGAUAUAUCUGUUUCUUGGGAGGCUCUCCUAUGUGGAUCUGCAAAGAGGAGGGGCAGAAAAACAUCUGACUCAGAGGAAGAAAAACUGCAGUCGCCAGUGGACAGUUCUCAGGAGAGAGGUUAUGAACAUUGUAUCUCUUCCCCUGAGCAAGCUGGAAGUCCCUCAGGGAGUGAAGGGAGGUCUACAUGGAAAUACCGUAAGCUGAUCACCUCAAAUAAGAAGGCAAAAACCAAGGAGGCAGGCAAAGUUAGCUCACCAGAGCAGAUGCAAUGUGGCAGCGAAAUCACCAAAGAGGAGUCUUCUUUUUCUCUAAAGAAACUCAUCCCUGGACGCAAAAAGAGAAAGCAUGGAGAAAAGCAGGAACCAAUAUCUUCUGACGAGGCAGAUAAGGGUCUUGGAUCAGAUGAUGAGGAGGACUCUGAAACGCCAGCAGUGGUCCCCAUGUCAGAGUUUGAUGCAGAAGAGCUAGGAGAGAAACACAACAUAUCAACUGAGGCUGUUAUAGAAACUCUACUAAACAUAACAGAAGAAGAAACUCAGCCAGACGUCUCUAGUCUGGUCACCGAAUUGGCCAUACCCAAAGACACCCUGCCCACUGAAGCAGAGAAGGCUCAAGACAAAUAUACUGUGGAACAGUUGGCCCCAUCAACAUCCCCCACUGCUAUGGAAGACUUUGAGGACCUUACGGAAUUCAUAAGUAAACAUCAGCAACUCAGUGAUAUACCUGAGGAAGGCUUAAUAAAGGAGACCAUUGCCACACAAGUGUCCACUGCUGAAGAAGCCACUCGAGACGAUACCAUUGCCGAGGACCUAAUAGAGUUGACAUCUGAAGCCGUCACUGCCCCAGAACCUCUAGAUGAAGAAACAACAGAAAUGGUUUCAGCAGUAUCACAGCUGACAGAUGAGUCCACCAAAACAUCAGGCAGCACAACACCUGUCCCACUAGAAUAA